AUGAUCCCUCCGAGUGGCGCCCGCGAGGACAGCGGGGACGGGCUGACCAGGGAGGCAACGGGCACAGAGCAGCCGCCCUCUCCUGCGUCCACCAGCAGCCUGGAAUCCAAGCUCCAGAAACUAAAACGGUCACUUUCUUUCAAGACCAAGAGCUUGCGGAGCAAAAGUGCUGACAACUUCUUCCCGAGAACCAACAGUGACGUGAAAUUGCAAGCAGACCUGCUGGCCAAGGUCAGCCUGGGCCCCAGCCCAGGCCCCAGCCCAGGCCCCAGCCCAAUGCCCGUCCCUGGAAGCCCUGCACCUAUGGCCUCCAGGCCUGGCCUGCACCCUGGCAGCAACAACAAGGUCCACGCCUUUCAGGAACAUGUCUUUAAGAAGCCCACCUUCUGUGAUGUCUGCAACCACAUGAUCGUGGGAACACAUGCUAAGCACGGACUGCGCUGCGGGGCCUGUAAGAUGAGCAUCCAUCACAAGUGUGCAGACGGCCUGGCACCCCAGCGGUGCAUGGGCAAGCUGCCAAAGGGAUUUCGGCGUUACUACAGCUCCCCUUUGCUCAUUCAUGAACAGUUUGGAUGCAUUAAAGAAGUUAUGCCCAUUGCAUGUGGCAAUAAGGUGGACCCCGUGUAUGAGGCCCUCCGAUUUGGCACUUCCCUGGCCCAGAGAACGAAGAAGGGCAGCUCAGGCAGUGGUUCUGAUUCACCCCCCAGAACCUCGAUGUCAGAGCUCGUGGAUGUUCCUGAAGAGGCUGAUGGACCAGGAGAUGGGUCUGAUCUCAGGACACGCAGCAACAGUGUGUUUACAUAUCCAGAGAAUGGCACCGAUGACUUCAGAGACCAAGUAAAGACCAUAAACCACCAGGGGCCUCUUUCUAAAGACCCAUUACAGAUGAACACCUACGUUGCCUUGUACAGAUUUGUACCCCAAGAGAAUGAAGACUUGGAAAUGAGGCCAGGAGACAUGAUUACUCUUCUAGAAGACUCCAAUGAAGACUGGUGGAAAGGAAAGAUUCGGGACAGGGUUGGUUUCUUUCCAGCCAACUUUGUUCAGAGAGUAGAACAGCAUGAGAAGAUUUAUAGGUGUGUUAGAACCUUCAUUGGCUGCAAGGACCAGGGACAGAUAACACUGAAAGAGAACCAGAUCUGUGUGACCUCUGAGGAAGAACAGGACGGCUUCGUCAGAGUCCUCAGUGGGAAGAAGAGAGGCCUUGUCCCACUGGAUGUGCUGGUCUCCGUGUGA